GAACACGAGCGGCCGGCACCGGGCGGCGACUUUCGGCAGCAUGCCGAGAGGGAUGGGGGAGGAUCUACGGAGUGUGAGCAUGAGAAGGAAACCGAUGGAGUUUCCAUCCAUGGGAGCGGGGAUGGGGAUGGGGAUGGGGAUGGGUAUGGCUAUGGGGCGGGGGAUGGGUGAGGAUUCAGGGAAUAUUAGCGGGCGGCGACGACCAGUAGAGUUUGGGUCCAUGAGACGAGGAAUGCCGGGCGGAGGCAUGGUAGGGCCGGGAAUGGGUUCUCCGUUCCGGGGUGGCGGGUUCUUAGGCUCGGGACCGAGCGGGCUGGCGCAGCCUCGGUCGAUCAUGCCUGAUGGUGGGAUCGGGAGUCGGAGGUUCGGGGAGGGGGUGGGGGUGGGUAGUAGGAGAAUGGGGGGGGUGGAUAAGCAAGGGAGCAGGGCUGCGGCUUUGCUUGCGGAGCUUCAGGCGGCGCGGGCGGCGGGAGGGGCGGGAAGCUGGACGAGGAUUCAUGAUGGGGAGGUGAAGAAGGUGCCGGUGAAAAGCUUGUUACAGAAAGAGGCCGAUGAAUUAUGAACUGCUCUUUGUAUAAACAUUAACCUAGGACUAAUCCAGAUAAACAUAUUGUUUUGAGGGGACAUUGUAUACUCCAAUAUUGUUUCCAAUAUU